GUCAACAAGUGUCCUGUACCCAAAACCACGCCGUACAAGAACAUCCUCAACGGCAAAGUCACGGUGUGUGUGGCUAGUGUGAAAGUGUUGGCAUUCCUACUUUAAUUUCGUCUACGGUAUGCCUAUUUAAUUAAUCUAUUUUACAUUCAUAUUGCACAAGAUAAUCCUACUCCAACCAUGGGCAUUGCAUUGAUGUUUCUGCUGGCUCUGUACCAAAUGCAGUCGGCCAUCUACAGCGAGAUCAUUGACACGCCCAACUACACUGAUAAUGCACUUAACGAACUGGAGGAUUCGAGCACUGAGCCGCUUCCAGCAGUUGACAAUGACAUGUUGGAUGCUAUGAUGAUGAUGAACGAGAAGCCGGAUCAAACCGAACUGGAGUUACGGCUUCCAAUUUCGAACAUUGGGUUUGACUAUGGCAAGAAUUCGAUGGUGUUGCGUUUACAGAAAAACGCACGAAAGCCGCAGCUCAAAUACGAUCCGGACUAUGAGCAGAAGCGGAAAUCGUUGCGGGACAACUUCAUGCACUUUGGCAAACGGCAGGCGGAGCAGUUACCGCAGCCAACAGGACCCGGCUACUAUGAGAUGUCCAAGCGCUCGGCCAUGGAUCGCUAUGGACGCGAGCCCAAGCAGGAUUUUAUGCGCUUCGGACGCACCCCAUCGGAUUUUAUGCGCUUCGGUCGUGCACCUUCGGAUUUCAUGCGCUUUGGACGUGAUCCUAAGCAGGAUUUCAUGCGAUUUGGACGUGAUCCUAAGCAGGAUUUCAUGCGCUUUGGACGGGAUCCCAAGCAGGAUUUCAUGCGAUUUGGACGUGAUCCUAAGCAGGAUUUCAUGCGCUUUGGACGUGAUCCCAAGCAGGAUUUCAUGCGCUUUGGACGUGAUCCUAAGCAGGAUUUCAUGAGGUUUGGACGGGAUCCCAAGCAGGAUUUCAUGAGGUUUGGUCGCGAUCCCAAGCAGGAUUUCAUGCGUUUCGGACGCGCCGAUGACUUUAUGCGUUUUGGCCGGAACGUGAACUAUCACGAGGAGCAGCGCAGUUCCAAGCCGGAUUUUAUGCGUUUCGGUCGACCUGAUAACUUCAUGCGUUUCGGCCGCUCACCGCCCACAGAGUUUGAGCGUAAUGGCAAAAUGGAUUCAAAUUUCAUGCGCUUCGGAAAGCGUUCUCCUGGAGAUGGAGCUGCCGGCACGGAAUCGAAUCAAACCAAAGCGCAGCUGCAGCAAAACAAGAUUACUGCUGACGGGGGCAAGCAGGAGCAGCAGCAGCCAAGUGAUGAUAGCAACACAGUUGAUAAAACCAUAACGAUGCUUUUCGACAAACACCAUCAAGAACCACAACAACAGCAACAGCAGCAACAACAAAGACAGCCACAAGAAGAGCAGCAACUGAAGAGCAGCGAACAGAAUAAUUUGGAAGAGGCCAGUGCUGAGCAGUUCUUUGAGCCAUAGAGUUUUUCCGUACAAUGCACACUGUAAAUAUUAAUUGGACAAAACGAAACAUUAUGAUAAAUGUUGUUAAACAAAUGUAUAUGAUUUAUAACGCACGAUAGUUAUUGCAAUUGUAAUUAAUUUGAAUUUUUAAUUGGGGCUGGAUUAAAAAUUCACCAUGCUUUGAUCUGUUUAAAAGAGAAAACUAAAAAAAAAAAAUAAAUAAACAUUAUUCAAAUGAUGAGCAAGGCUUGAAACAUAUACCAAUGCACAUAAAUAUAUUUAUUAGGUGUAAUAACAAAAUACAAAAUUUGA